AUGAACUAUAGUAACAUAGGGGAGGAAGUACAUAAUGGGACAGAGGAUAUAAUCAGUGACCUGCCCAGAAAUGUAAUAGACUCCAUCCUCGAGUUCAUGCCGAUGCAAGAUGCAGCAAGAACUAGUAACUUGUCCAGAAAGUGGAGGAAUAUUUGGUCUUCUCACCCAAUACCUGUGCUCGAUAAGGAGUUCUUUGUGAAGACCUUUGAAACCGAGAGAACCUAUGAAUUCGAGAAAUUAAUCAAUAAACUACUCUUCAGUCACAAUGGUCCCAUUCUGAAAUUCAGUCUCUACAUUCCAGAAGAAUAUUUUGUUCAGACAUUAUUAAUUGAUCAAUGGAUGCCAUUCUUGUCAAAGAAUGGUAUAAAGGAACUCUUUCUCGAUAAUCAUGCUGCUGCAACAGCUGACAAUGCACUCAAAGCAGCUUUGCACUAUCAGGAAACAGCAGAUUCCAUGGAUGAGAGCCUGAGUAAACUUCGAAUUUUGAUCGUUGAGCGGAAUAAGGAAGCUGAUGCCGAUGAAGAAUUUAGGAUUUCAAAACAUUUGAUGUGCUUCUCUCGAGCAUCGUCAAAAGCAGAGCUGAUAUACUUGGAUCCAAGCGAGUUAGUAAACUGA